AAUUAGUUGGGUAUUACACAAAAGUUUAAUUUCAUCUUCUGAAAAAUAUAUUAAAAUUUCUUACACUGAGUUUUAAGUAAUUUAGUUUUCAUCAAAAUCCCAGCUUGCUGCGGCGAAAUAUCUCCCGCAAACGGGUAAGGGGAAGCUGUCGCCUGCUGCCAUUAGUGGCCUUGAGCCUCAAGUCAAGAGUGACUGACCCACCAUCGUUUUUUCCACAUUUAAUUCACUCAGUUGGCAAAAUAGAAGUCUUUCCGAAAUAUUGAAGACUAGACGAUCUUUAGACACUCACUUUUGUCUUGUCUUAAUUUUAGCUGGAGUCUGAAAAUAAUCCAGUUUAACUCUCCUGUUGGAUUCCAUGAAUUAUUAUAAUAAUUAUCCAGAGAUUCUGACUUUUGGUUAACACGUUCUCUUUAUUCUGUCAAAUGUUUACUUCAAUUCUGACUAGAUAUGUUUGUUAGUCUUGUUGAUUACAAAAAAAGUGGGAAAAGUUCAAAACCCACAAGGGUUAAUGAGACAGAAACAGGAGAAUGUGCCGUGGUUUUUGAUCCCAUAUGCCUCGUUUUGUCUUCUUGUGAGAGUGUUUCUGUCAACAAAGAUUUUAAAUUUCUUGAGUUUAUAAGGUUUCGGUCAUUAGAAGCUAGGAGAGGAAGAAAUUAUGAUUGUAAGUAAUUCUGUAAUUAAAUAUAUGCAGCUUUUUAAGUCUUGUCCUUUUUACUUGAUGCUUCUUAUUUCUCUGUGUUUCCCUUUGCUUUGAUGACAUUAUUCUGUGUUUGAAUUGAAAUGAAGUCACGGGAUUCUUUGAAUUUUCUGAGCAAUUUUUGUUGUAUUAGUGGGGUGAAUUCAUUUAAUUGGUCACUUGCAUUUUUUUAACUAGAAAGGGUGGCAGUGGCAGAGGUUUAAGCUUCACAAGAUGUUGUUGAAUUUCUUUUAUGUUUGUGUGAUUCUCAACCAAGUACUUGAGCAAAAGUUGUUUUGAUUUGUGUGGUUAAGUUUUUCUGGAUCUGUCUGUAUUCUUUUGAUAAAUGCCCUGAUACAGCUACUUCAUGGCAGAUCAAAUCCAUUGACUGAAGUCACAGAACUUGUUCUUCGAUUCACCAUGGCUGCUAGUAAAUCAAAAUGCAUAAGAUUCACGGAUGAUCCUGAGACGGCAGAGUCCACAUCACCUAAAACGGAUUGUAAGUUAAGAUUUACCAAUAAAUUUCUUAAGAAAGCAGGGUUUGAGCUGCACUCAAAGAAGUUUGAGAAGGAUGGAACAGGCAAUAACUUUAGUGAAAAACAGCUUUCCAGAGUCUUCUCUGAGGAUUAUGAUGCUGUAGAGAAGAUGAUUUUGGAUCCUAGAGGACCUGUCAUUAACAAAUGGAACAAAAUUUUCUUAGUAGCUUGUUUGGUUUCUCUUUUUGUUGAUCCUCUAUUCUUCUAUUUGCCAAGUACUAAGGAGGGCAUGUGCAUUGAGGUUUCCACACCCCUUGAAAUCUCUCUCACAAUCAUUCGUUCGAUAACUGAUGCAUUUUACUUUGUUCAAAUAUAUGUUCGAUUUCGGACGGCUUAUGUUGCUCCUUCCUCUCGUGUAUUGGGGAGAGGAGAGCUGGUUGUUGACUCUUCAAAAAUUUCUUCAAGGUACCUUCGCAAGGAUUUUUGGCUUGACGUGGUGGCUGCCCAACCACUUCCACAGCUGUUGGUUUGGGCUGUAAUACCUCAUUUAAAGGGUGCAUCGACAGUCAACAUGAAAAAUGUUAUUCGCUUAAUCAUCAUAUGUCAGUAUGUGCUGAGACUAUAUCUCAUCUUUCCACUGUCAUCUGAAAUCAUCAAGGCUUCUGGGCUUUUGUUGGAAACAGCAUGGGCUGGAGCAGCUUAUAAUUUGAUGCUAUAUAUGUUGGCCAGCCAUGUUUUAGGAGCCUGCUGGUACCUCUUAUCAGUAGAGCGGCAAGAAGAGUGUUGGAGCAAAGUGUGCAGUUCUCAACACCUGCGUUGCUAUUUGGGUUUUUUUGACUGUCAUCUCAUGGAUAACCCUGCUAGAGUUGAUUGGUUUAUAUCAAGCAAUAUCUCUAGUCUAUGUGAUCCGGAUGGAAACUUCUUUCAGUUUGGUAUUUUUGCUGAUGCCUUAGCAUUUAAUGUGACAGCUGUCAGCUUCUUCGACAAGUACUUAUAUUGUCUUUGGUGGGGUUUGAGGAAUCUGAGUUCUCUGGGACAGAAUCUCUUCACAAGCACUAAUGCUUGGGAAAGUGUUUUUGCCAUCAUCAUUGCAAUUAUAGGACUUGUGCUUUUUGGACUGCUUAUUGGGAAUAUGCAAACAUACCUCCAAUCUACUACUAUGCGACUUGAAGAGUGGAGGAUUAGGAGAAUGGAUACUGAAGAAUGGAUGCGUCACAGACAACUUCCACAUGAACUGAAACAGUGUGUGCGAAAGUAUGACCAAUACAGAUGGGUUGCAACCAGAGGAGUCGAUGAGGAGGCAAUACUAAGGGGCCUCCCAAUGGAUCUUCGACGAGACAUCAAGCGCCACCUCUGUCUUGAUCUAGUUCGACAGGUACCACUUUUUGAUCUGAUGGAUGAUAGGAUGCUAGAUGCGAUAUGUGAAAGGUUGAAGCCGCAACUAUGUACACCAGGCACCUCUCUUGUUCGAGAGGGUGAUCUUGUUAGUGAGAUGCUUUUCAUAGUUCGAGGCCACUUAGAUUCUUACACUACUGAUGGUGGCCGCUCUGGAUUCUUCAAUUCAUGCUGCAUUGGCCCUGGUGACUUUUGUGGUGAGGAACUGCUCACUUGGGCUCUCGAUCCUCGUCCAGGUGUUGUCCUUCCUUCAUCUACUCGCACAGUCGAAGCCCUCACUGAGGUUGAAGCAUUUGCAUUCAUCGCGGAGGACUUGAAGUUUGUUGCAUCCCAAUACCGGAAGCUGCAUAGCAAGCAACUCAGGCAUACGUUAAGGUGUCACUCACCUCAAUGGAGAACAUGGGCUGCAUGCUUCAUACAAGCAGCCUGGUUUCGCCAUAAAAGAAGGAAGGAAGCAGCUGAACUUGACAAAAUAGAGAGUACAACCUUCAUGUCCGAAUUAACUGAACAAACAGUAGCUGCUCUUAAGAAAAAAGAGAGUAUAACCUUCAUGUCUGAAUUAACCGAACAAACAACAAGAUCCUCGGCUUUGGCCUCAGCCUUUCUUAGGCAUGCAGGAAAACCAGCUGAAAGCUCUAGAAGGAAUGGAAGCCAGCGAAGUAGGAUUGACUCUGAAUUUAUUACAUCCUUACGAAAGCCAAAUGAUCCUGAUUUUACAUUUGAAGAGAGAUGAAAACAACAGAAUUUGGUCACAAUUUUACUUGUUUAGGGUAUUAGAUUUAGACAAAUCUAGGCUUUUAGCCUAAUUGGUUUAUUAUUUUCACGUAGGCAUUGCUUUAUAUGUUUAGUUAGAUCAAUGAGAUUAUGUCUUAGUGUUCCAUUUUAGACUAAAAGAAUAGAGCUACACAAAUUUGGCAGUGUGUUGUUCCUUUUGACUGUCUAUUAGUCCCAACAAGCAAAGUCUUGAAAUGGGCUGGAUGAAAAUUUUGGGCCAGUAAUCCUUCUUGGGCUGACUCAUUCUAGUCAGAACUAGCCCUGUUAAUGUUGGGUUAUUAUAUCUAUUUGUAUAUUGUUGGGUUCAUUUACCGAUUUUCUCAAUUGAGUCCAAAAUCAUAUUGGCAUCGUUUGCAUUUA